CUUUCCCGCCUUUCAUUCUCCUCCAGCUCCCGCCACGCCCCACCUCCCAUUUCCCGUCAAAGCCUCCUCUUCUUCUUCUUCUUUUCCAAAUCAAACAAAUGAUUUGGAGCGGCCAAACCAACGUCCCCACCGGCAGAGCGAGAACGCAGAGAGGCUCAUGAAAAGUUCCUCUCUCCUCUCCUCUGUUGCCCCCUCAUCCUCCCUUCUCCAUGGACUGAUCCAAUUCAUUAAUCCGAUUGAAUUCCCGGUCAUUAAUCGAGCAUCGCCGGUAUCAUGAACCCCUCCUCCGGUUUUCUCCGGUUCCAACAUAUUAUCCUUCUAGUUUUGGCAUUUUGUGUGUCUGAUGGCGCUUAUGUGCCCUCCGACGAAAUCCUCCUCGACUGCGGCUCCUCCUCGGAGGCUGCCGAUGCAGACGGGCGCAAAUGGCUGGCCGACUCCACCUCCUCCAAGACCACCCUCACGUCCAAGGACUCGACUCCCGCCACCGCUGUGUUUCAAGACCCAUCUCUCCCUUCCGACGUCCCCUACAUGACCGCGCGUAUCUUCUCCUCGGAGUCCACCUACAGGUUCGCCGUCAACAAGUCCGACCGUCACUGGUUGCGCCUUCACUUCUACCCCUCCACCUACAACGGCCUCCCGCCGGAGAACUCCUACUUCUCCGUCUCCACUGGAGACGGCAUCACUCUCCUCAAGAACUUCAGCGCCUACGUCACCGCCAAGGCCCUCACGCAGGCCUACAUCAUCAAAGAAUUCUCCAUCUUGCCUUCCUCCGACGGAAGCAUCAGCCUCACCUUCACGCCGUCCGACAAGUACAACGCCUCCUUUGCCUUCGUUAACGGCAUCGAGGUCAUAUCGAUGCCUGACAUCUUUGACCAGCCCGCGCAACUGGUCGGCUUCUCGGAUCAAGAUGUGGAGGUCGGCACCUCUGCCGUGCUGACCAUGUACCGGCUCAACGUCGGAGGCCAGUACGUGCCGCCGAACAACGACUCCAGCCUUAGCCGGACUUGGUACGACGACUCCCCUUACCUCUACGGUGCCGGUUUUGGCGUCACCUUCGCGGCAGGCAACGAUCUAAAGCUCCAAUACCCAGAGGGAUCGCCGGACUACUUCGCCCCUACCGACGUCUACCAGACGGCGAGGUCGAUGGGUCCCGACCCGAAGGUCAACAUGAACUACAAUCUGACAUGGAUUUUCCAAAUCGACGCCAACUUCACCUACAUCGUCCGCUUCCACUUUUGCGAGCUCCAGAUGACCAAAGUCAACGAGAGAGUGUUCGACAUCUUCAUCAACAACCGAACCGCUCAAGAGCAAGCCGACGUCAUCGGUUGGACCUCUGAGACGGCCGUCCCCAUGCACAAGGACUACGCGGUGUUCGUCGCCGAUCAGCCCGGUGAAGACCAGAUAUGGGUGGCACUGCAACCCUCUGUCUCGGCCAAACCCGAGUACUACGACGCCAUUCUCAACGGAUUGGAGAUCUUUAAGGUGAGUGACAAUGCCGGAAACUUGGCAGGUCCCAAUCCCGAGCCGUCUGCUCUCCUGGCGGAAGCGGAAUUGGAGGAUGACCAGCCCGGCUUCGAGUCUAAACCCAACGGCAAGCUGCACAUAAUCACCAGAGCCGCAGGUGGAGCUGCAGUUGCCAGCGUCGCCCUUGCCAUUUUCCUCGUGGUCUACCAGCGCAAGAAGAGGACGGACGUUAAUGACUCAGCCGGCGGCAACUGGCUUCCUCUCUACGGCGGCAACUCUUACACCGGAAACUCCACGGUAUCCGGCAAGAGCACCGCGAGCAGCCAUUUGUCAAACCUGGCCGCGAACUGCAGGUACUUCUCCUUCCCAGAGAUCAAGAAGGCAACCAAGAGCUUCGACGAGUCACUCGUUAUAGGAGUCGGAGGAUUCGGGAAAGUCUACAAAGGAAUCAUCGACGAGGGAACUAAAGUGGCGAUCAAGAGAUCCAACCCUUCUUCGGAGCAAGGCGUCAAUGAGUUCCAAACCGAGAUCGAGAUGCUCUCGAAGCUGAGGCACAAGCAUUUGGUCUCCCUCAUCGGCUUCUGCGAAGAGAACGGGGAGAUGAUCUUGGUUUACGACUACAUGGGGCACGGCACUCUCAGGGAGCACAUUUACAAGAGCAACAAGCCUCCCCUGUCGUGGAAGCAGAGGUUAGAGAUAUGCAUCGGAGCUGCCCGAGGGCUUCACUACCUGCACACCGGCGCGAGGUACCCGAUCAUCCACAGAGACGUCAAGACCACCAACAUUCUGGUGGACGAGAAUUGGGUGGCCAAGGUUUCCGACUUUGGACUGUCGAAGACCGGCCCGACCAUGAACCAGUCCCAUGUCAGCACAGUGGUGAAGGGAAGCUUCGGCUACCUCGAUCCAGAGUACUUCCGGCGGCAGCAAUUGACCGACAAAUCCGAUGUGUAUUCAUUCGGCGUGGUUCUGUUCGAGGUGCUCUGCGCGAGGGCAGCCUUAAACCCCAGCCUUCCCAGGGAGCAGGUCAGCCUCGCUGACUGGGCGUUGCACUGCCAGAAGAAAGGAGUCCUCGGCGACAUCGUCGAUCCCCUUCUCGAAGGGAAGAUCAGCCCGGAGUGCCUGAAGAAGUUCGCGGAGACGGCGGAGAUGUGUCUCUUGGAGCACGGAGUCGACAGGCCUUCCAUGGGCAGCGUGCUGUGGAACCUUGAGUAUGCACUUCAGCUGCAAGAGAGCUUUGAGAGCGGGAACCCCGUCGCAGAUGAGGGUGCCGUUAAGCCUGCAUCGGCCGCCGGCGACGGCGACGGCUUUGUCGCUGGAAGUGGGACCGGCGAGGAGGCCGAUGCCCUGACCACCACCGCCGUGUUCUCUCAGCUCGUUCAUCCCACGGGGAGAUAAUAACGUACCGAUUAUAACCUCUGACUUCAUCGUUACAGUGAUGAAAAAAGUAUUAAUUUUUUCUCUGAUUCACGAUAUAUAAGUGUUUUUUUAAAAUUAUUAUUCCUCUUUGAAUUCGAUCGAAUUUUGA